AUGGGCCCCUGCUGUCCAGUCCUUGGCUCCCUGACCCAGCUUGGUGCAUGCUGGCUCCUUCUGGUCAUGGCAGGUGCAGAACAAGCUGAGCACCUGCUGGGACCACUAGAGACCCCAUUUCUCUCUCCCCGUCCCACAGCGUCAGCCCAGCAAGGUUCCCACAGCCAUGCCGAGGACCGUCUCUUCAAACACCUCUUUGGGGGCUACAACCGCUGGGCACGGCCUGUGCCCAACACCUCGGAUGUUGUGAUCGUGCGCUUCGGGCUUUCCAUCGCACAGCUCAUCGAUGUGGAUGAAAAGAACCAAAUGAUGACAACCAAUGUCUGGCUGAAGCAGGAGUGGAAUGACUACAAGCUACGCUGGAACCCUGCUGACUUUGGCAACAUCACCUCCCUCCGCGUGCCCUCGGAGAUGAUCUGGACCCCGGACCUUGUCCUCUACAACAACGCAGAUGGGGAGUUUGCAGUGACACACAUGACCAAAGCCCAUCUCCGCUUCACGGGCACCGUGCACUGGGUGCCCCCGGCCAUCUACAAGAGCUCCUGUAGCAUCGAUGUCACCUUCUUCCCCUUCGACCAGCAGAACUGCAAGAUGAAAUUUGGCUCCUGGACCUACGACAAGGCCAAGAUCGACCUGGAGCAGAUGGAGCAGAUGGUGGACCUGAAGGACUACUGGGAGAGCGGCGAGUGGGUUAUCAUCAACGCCACAGGCACCUACCACAGCAAGAAGUACGACUGCUGUGCCGAGAUCUACCCAGACGUGACCUUCUACUUUGUCAUCCGCCGCCUGCCGCUCUUCUACACCAUCAACCUCAUCAUCCCCUGCCUGCUCAUCUCUUGCCUCACCGUGCUCGUCUUCUACCUGCCCUCCGACUGCGGCGAGAAGAUCACCCUCUGCAUCUCCGUGCUGCUCUCACUCACCGUGUUCCUGCUUCUCAUCACGGAGAUCAUCCCGUCCACCUCGCUCGUCAUCCCGCUCAUCGGCGAGUACCUGCUCUUCACCAUGAUCUUCGUCACCCUGUCUAUCGUCAUCACCGUCUUUGUCCUCAAUGUGCACCACCGCUCCCCGGGCACCCACAACAUGCCCCGCUGGGUGCGAGGGGUCCUGCUGGGUUGUGUGCCCCGCUGGCUGCUCAUGAACCGGCCCCUGGCACCUUUGGGGUCCCACAACCCCACAGGCCCCAAACUCAGCCCCGUGUAUCACUGGCUGGAGACCAAUGUAGAUGCCGAGCAGGAGGAAGAGGAGCGGAGAUGGGUGUGUGCGGGUUGCUCAGCUCCCACUCUGGGAGCUUACGAUGGCCAUAGGGGCUUGCAGCGAGGGGCUCUGGCGCCCAAGACUGUAUCCCAAGAGUAUGAGAUACUGCUGUCCCCUCGCCUGCGCAAGGCCCUGGAAGGCGUGCACUACAUCGCGGAUCACCUGCGGUCUGAAGAUGCUGACUCCUCGGUGAAGGAAGACUGGAAGUAUGUCGCCAUGGUCAUUGAUAGGAUAUUCCUUUGGUUGUUUAUUAUCGUGUGUUUCCUGGGCACCAUUGGACUUUUUCUUCCCCCAUUCUUGGCUGGCAUGAUCUGA